AUGUCGUGGUUAAGAAAGCACAAUCCCCAAAUAUCAUGGGAAAAACAUACACUUGUUUUCAACUUGUUAUAUUGUUCCAAUAACUGUCUGUCUGUACCUGCUGUCUUAGAACUCAAGGCAGUAGAAGAAAUACCACUACCUUAUCAAGAAUUUUCCAAGGUCUUCUCUGAGGAAGAAUCAUCCAAAUUGCCACCCCACCGUCCUUACGAUAUCGCCAUUGAGUUACUCCCGGAUGCGCGACCACGACAUGGUCCCAUAUACAGUUUAGGUCCAAGGGAGGAUGCGGAACUUAAAGAAACCAUUGAGAAACAACUCAAAGCAGGUUUAAUCCGACCGUCUAAAUCCCCUAUGGCCUCUCCCAUAUUAUUUGUCAAAAAGAAAAAUGGGAAGUUACGCAUGUGUGUGGACUAUUGGCGUCUGAACAGUAUGACCAAGAAAAACGUCUAUCCCCUGCCCUUGCCACAGAAUCUCAUUGAGAAAUUACAAGGUGCUAAAAUCUUUAGCAAAUUUGAUCUCAAGGCAGGAUAUAAUUUAGUCUGGAUCAAGGAAGGCAAUGAAUGGAAAACAGCCUUCAAGACAAAAUACGGACUAUUUGAAUACUUGGUUAUGCCUUUUGGAUUGACAAAUGCGCCGGCGGCUUUUCAGGACAUGAUGAACGAAAUAUUCCGGGAUCUUUUAGAUGUUUAUGUCAUCAUUUACUUAGACAACAUUCUAGUUUUCUCUCUAAAUGAAAAGGAUCAUGAAGCCCAUGUACAAGAAGUGCUCAAAAGACUACAAGACAACGACCUCUUCUGUAAUAUUGAGAAAUGCCAUUUCCACGUCAAGAAAAUUGAUUACUUAGGGUUUAUUAUAUCCGAAUUUGGCAUAGAAGUGGAUCAGUCUAAAGUUACAGACGCUAUGAAUUGGUCAACACCUAAGAAUGUCAAGAAUAUUCAAGAAUUCUUAGGAUUUGUAAAUUUUUACAGACGAUUUAUUCCCAACUUUGGUAAUAUGGCACGACCUCUGUACAACCUGCUCAAAAAAGACAGUACUUGGAGAUGGGAACAGGCGGAACAACAAUCCUUUGAUGAUCUAAAAAAAUGUCUUACGUCAGCACCUUUGCUUUUACAGCCCAACACUACAAAACAAUUCUAUGUGGAAUGCAAUGCAUCCGACUACGCAACAGGAGCCAUAUUAUCUCAGCGCAACCCUGAAGGGAAACUGGCCCCUGUAGCAUAUCUAUCAAAAUCCCUGUCACCCGCCAAAAAGAACUACAAUAUUUUUGACAAAGAAUUGCUAGCAGUCAUUAGGGCAUUUAAAGAAUGGCGCCAUUUGUUGGAAGGAUCAGAAUUACCAGUUCAAGUUCUAACGGAUCACAAGAACUUGGAAUACUUUUCCACAUCUCAAUCCCUGAAUAAACGGCAAAUCAGAUGGGCCAACUUCUUAGUCGACUAUAAUUUCCAAAUCAUCUACAGACCUGGGGCACAGAAUAAAAAGGCGGACAUCCUCUCACAACGCUAUGAUUUAGAAAUUAAUGAUCUAAUUGGCGAAGCAAUUUAUGAGGACAAACGUCUUAAAGAGAUCUUGCACAAGCUUCAGAACAAGGAAAAAGUCACAGAUUGGGAACUAAAGGAGGGGUUACUAUGGCAUCAAAGGAAAAUCUUUGUACCAAAGGAUGACACCAUCAGGAACCUCAUUGUGGAAUCUAGGCAUGACGCAUUGGCUGCAGGACAUCCAGGACAAGCCAGGACAUUAGAACUUGUCUCACAAAAUUACUAUUGGCCAUCCCUAAAAAAAUUUGUCAACUCUUACGUCAGCCAUUGUGAAACCUGCAUUCAAUCCAAACCCACAAAUCAAGUACCUGUAGGCUUGUUAAAACCAUUACAAAUUCCGGAACGCCCUUGGGAAGAUAUAGCUUAUGAUAUGAUUGUGGGACUACCAACGUUGGAAGGAUUUGAUGCAAUAUUCACAGUCAUCAACAGAUUCUCUAAAAUGGUUCAUUUUAUUCCUACCCAUUCCACAGCAUCUGCUAUUGAUAUAGCCAACCUCUUUAUGUCGUACAUAUGGAAAUUGCACGGACUACCCAGGAGUACAGUAUCCAAUAGGGGCCCCAACUUCAACGCCAAGUUUAUCAGACACUUGUAUAAAAGAUUGGAUAUCAAACCUACUUUUUCCACAGCUUAUCAUCCCCAAACUGAUGGUCAAAUGGAGCGGAUCCAACAGGAAGUCAAAGUUUUUAUUUGCAUGUUUGGAAAUCAUUGCCAAUCCGAUUGGGUCUCACUAUUACCCAUAGCAGAAUUUGCCCUCAACAAUCUGAAACAAACAUCAACAGGCAAAUCACCUUUUCAAAUAUGCUAUGGGAUGAACCCACGAUUUACUAUUGGACAAAAAUUAGAUGAAACAGUUCCCAAUGCAGACGAACAUGCAGAAUUUCUGGAAAAAGGCUACGACAAAGUCAAAGCAGCAUUAUCUUUAGCACAAGAAAAAAUGAAAUAUUUCUACAACCAACGGCACAGGGAAGAAGAAGAAAUCCAAGUAGGGGAUAAAGUUUGGUUAAGCCAUCAGAACAUAUCUACUGAUAGGCCGUCCAUCAAACUUAGCCAUAAAAAGUUAGGCCCCUACCUAGUGAUUGAGAAAAUUGGAUUGCACGCAUACAAGCUACAACUACCUCACACAAUGCGCAUACACCCAGUUUUCCAUAUCAAUCUCCUAACCAAAUUUCACCCCGAUCCCCAUGGCCGCGAUCCUCCUCAACCUGCACCAAUUAUCACAGAAGAAGGUGAAGAGGAAUACGAAGUAGAAAGAAUCAUAGACAGCAAAUGGAAAGGACGGGGGAAAUCAAGAAAACUCUGGUACCUAGUCAAGUGGAAAGGUUAUGACGAAGGAAGUAACUCAUGGGAACCAACAGACAAUGUGGGGAAUGCUCAAGAAGCCUUAGAGGAAUUUUAUAAGGAACAUCCUGAGGCAGUUGGAGCUUGA